GCUGCGGGCCCGGCGCCCUUCUCCCUCCUCCCCUUUCCCCUUUUGCUCCGCUUUGGCCUGAAACCGGGUGCCGCGAUGGCUCCGGCAGCUGACCGGGAGGGUUACUGGGGCCCGCCGACCUCCACCUUGGAGUGGUGUGAGGAGAACUACGCCGUCUCCUACUACAUCGCCGAGUUCUGGAACACAGUGAGUAACCUGAUUUUCAUUCUACCUCCAAUCUAUGGUGCGAUUCAGACCUAUAAAGAUGGCCUUGAAAAACGGUAUUUAGCUGCAUAUUUGUGUCUUACAGCUGUGGGAUUGGGAUCUUGGUGCUUCCACAUGACCCUGAAGUAUGAAAUGCAGCUGUUGGAUGAACUGCCAAUGAUAUACAGUUGUUGUGUGUUUGUCUACUGCCUGUAUGAAUGUUUCAAGUACAAGAACACAGUCAAUUAUCCACUGCUUUUCUUGUUAAUAACAUACAGCUUCGUAGUCAGCAUAGUUUACUUAAAUUUGAAAGAGCCUGUAUUCCAUCAGAUCAUGUAUGGAACACUAGUUUCCAUUAUAGUUCUACGAUCUGUUUAUAUAGUAUUAUGGGUAUACCCAUGGCUUAGAGGUCUAGGCUAUACAUCUUUAACUGUAUUUUUAAUGGGAUUUUUUCUCUGGAAUGUGGACAACAUUUUCUGUGAUAAAUUGAGAGCACUACGAGAGAAGAUGCCUCCUAUUGUGGGAGCUGUAACACAGUUUCAUGCAUGGUGGCAUAUUCUCACAGGCCUGGGCUCUUACCUUCAUAUCCUGCUAAGUUUAUACACAAGGACACUUUUCCUGAAACACAGGCCAAAGGUGAAGUUUGUUUUUGGAAUAUGGCCUGUUCUUCUUGUGGAGCCGCCCAAGAAGCUUUGACUGAGACCUAGGCAGUCACAUGCGAUCACCUAGCCUGGCUGAAUAAAGUGAUUCAACAGUUACUAUGGCUGAAGUGUCAAAAUUAUGGAUCAAUUCAAGUACCAUUGCUAUAAAAGGACUUCUCUGUGUUACUAGGUCAGCCAGCCAGAACAGAGCAAAGAGCUGGCACGCUAGGGAAAUAAUGUUUAGUACAGCUUUAUUCUAAGUUGUUAAAACAAAGAUUAAGACACAAUAUUUUUAUGUAUAUAUUGUAUAGCUGAUGAUACUGAGCUAAUAUUUCGUGCUGGUCACAGAAAACUAACCAUUUUUGAAGUGGAUUGCAUACGUUUUUCAUUCAGUUGUUGUUCUUUCUGUCAUUUAAACUAAUGUUAGUAACUGAAUGACAAAAACAGGCCAUUGAUGGCCAAGCUAAGCAUUUGUGUGGCCUGAAGUGAACUGAAUGCUUAACCUGAACUACUUUAAUCUUGCACUUUUAUACAAUUAAUGAAGUAUGUAAAGAUUGAUUUAGGGCUUUAUUCUAUCUUGCUUUUCCACAGCCUCCUUUGCAAUUUAUAUUUUAAGCGAAACGGUUGGGAUACCUGUGCCAUUUAGUUCAUUUUGUACCAAGCUUCCAUUUUCUCUUAGUCCAACUGAGGUACAUCGUGGAGGAUGUUCCAGGGUGUGACCAGCGGAAGACACUUAAGAUGGUGAAGCAUUAUAGGGGUUCUGGUUUGUGUGUGGAAACUGAAUUCCUAAUUUGCUUGACCAGUGAUCUAUCAAGAGACUGCAGGGUGACUGUAUAAACACAAGAAACACUUUUUUUAUUUUUUAUAAUUAUUAUUUACAUGUCUCCCUUUUCUAUCCCUACUUUUUACUCCCCAUGUCCCAUUCAUACUACAGAUUGACAAACACCUUAGAUGUGUGCUAGUUCAGCUUUGAAUUCAUCUCUUUCCCUUAUUUUACAAGUCUUAAAUAUUGGUCUGACUUUCAGAAGCAUCUUAUUAUUCACAAAUACUGAAGAAAGAGUAAAGAACAAGAUUGAUGUUGAGGAUACCCCAAAAUAUAAUUGGCAGCACUUUGAUUGCUUGCUCUUAAUCUGUCCAUCACACGGUUAGUCUGUGGAAAGUUGAACACCUUUUUAAAACCAAACUUUGGGUAUUAAUGGGGGAGACAAACCCUCUGGUUUCUGCAAUUUUUAUCUACCCAGCUGAUGAAAGUUAAUAAGUGAGCGUAAAGAAAACUUUGAACUAAGACAGUUUUUCAAAAUAUACCUCAUAUUGGAGGCUGUGGUUUUGACUCUUCAGAUCUUGGGGCAACUAACGGAGUCUGUCUCUGGGCCUCCUAGCUGCCAUGCUAUGCAAUUUUUGUCUGCUUUUGAUGCUCUGAGGGAUUUAUCCUUCUUGCCAUGAAGAAAAAAAGGGAAAUGCUCAGACUGAUUGGAAAUCCCAUUCUGUAUUGAUUUAAAAUGUGCCCACAGCAGCAAGGCACAGUAACAUAGCUAUAAAGCUGUCUCCCAGAUCACAAAGUCCUGGCUGUUGUACAAUCAGCGCUGACUAAUAUGGUCUCUUCCCUUUAAUGUCUUUUUUCCUGUUUGCAGCUUAGCUGCAUCCUCCAUGAAAUCUGUCCAUCAGUAGCACACCUACAAAUUGGCAAAUCUCCAAAUAAAAUCAUAGCUUUUCUUACGUGACUGACCCUGGACUCUUGGGAUCAAAUAGACCCAAACUUGGGGCUAGAAAAAGAUACUUAACCUUCUCUGACUUCAGUGAGGUUUAAGCAUGUCCUGAUAGCAGCGCAUUUCAACCUGUAAAACACUAUAAAGACUCCUGAACAAUAACUUCAGAACAAAUUUGUUGUCAGUAGGCUCCAGUUCCAUAGACAAGCUCAGCAUCUGUGUUGGGAUAUGAGUGACCUUCAGACUGAAAGAGAUUGGAAUAACUAGCACAGAGGUAGGAAAAUGCUGUCUUGGAUCAAAUGUCUUCAAUUAUCCAGAAGGCAUAUUUUUUGUGAAGAGAUUUGAGAACUGUUUUAAAAAUGUAGCUUAAAAAUAAGUGCCUGCCUAUUCACUUCCAGGCUCUUUUAAACAUCCUUCUGCACACUGUAUCUGAUUUUCUUAUUUAGUAUGUUUACAUGUUUUCAUAAGUUAGGGAAAGAGUCCCAUAAUAGGAGCAGCGCAGCAACAAGACAUGUCAACAGUCACUUGUGAUAUCUGCUAGGUAUGGUAUUAUUUUUAAGAAAAUGAACAAAACUUUUAUUUUAGUGGCCUUAGUUUUGUUACUGGAGGAUCUGGGGGCUCUGUUUGGUUUCCCUGUAAUUGCAGGAACCAGAGUGUGCUGAAAAGCCACUUUCUUAUUGAUAAGACAUCUCUACAAUGGUAUAUUUUAAAGAAAUUUGUUGAUCCUCCUACACAUUUUCAACUAGGAAGUGUAUGGUUUUUUUCAGAUCUUGUUGAAUUAAAUUGUGAGGAUUUUAAAAAAAGGUUGGAAAAGCUCUUGUUUUAAUUUUAUGCUGCUGUUAGCUUUUCAUUCACAUACCAUUUGUCACUGAUGUUUUUAUCUUUAAAAAAAUUAUGCAAAUUGUCUUAUUCCUUCAUUCCAAAUGACCAAAAACAUUCACCACCCUUCCAGUAGCCUUUCUUUCAGGUUAUGUUAGACCCUGAAGAAUGUAAUUUACUUGUGUAUCCUUCUGAGCAUAAAUAAUCUAAAAUUAUGGGUGCUUUGGUUUCACUGCCUUACUGAUCUUGUGAGUGAUAUUGAAAAUGGCAAGCCAGUUUUAACUGCAUGUCACUGAAAUUCAGACUGCUUUUUCUAGUGCCUGGAAAGACAUACAUCCUUACUCCUGUAAUGUAUUAAAUGUCUGUUAAAUUGCUUUUUAUUUAUAUCACUUGUAUGACAUGCUGAUUUUUUUUCUACAAACCUUAGAGCAGCACAUCCUAAACUUUUCUUGCACUACAUCUUAUAAGGUGGGUCAUCUUUGAUCCUAUUUUUUGAGUAGGAUUCAGACAGCAGCUACUUUAAAGGAAAUUAGGGAAGUAGUAGGUGUUGUUUAAUAUGAAUCCUACAGAAUGUGUUGGACAGACUUGAUAGCAAUGAACUCUUAUUCUUUAAUAUCCGUGAAGAACCAGGAAAUCUGCCACCUUACGACCAUCGGCUUGGCACAGAUCCACAGCAAGCAGUUCUGCAGACGGUGAGCUGAAAAAUUCUUCUUGGAAUUGAAAGAAAAACCUCAGAAUUACUCUCCCAAUACAGAUCAACACCAUACCUUAUGCUGGGAAUCUAGAUUCUCUGGAUACAGCUCAAGACAUGCAUUAUCCAGAACUGGAGAUAAGACAUGAUAAACAGAAAUCUGCCAUCAGGAUGAAACUCACCUGUGUUUUGAAGGCAGUGCUGUUAGCUAGCAGUAUUAGUCAUCUCCGGACUUCAGUUUAAUGCUUUUUCUUUAGCACAAGGACGAUGUGCUACGUGCGAGUGUUUAGAAGACUACCCCAUAGUCAGAAUUGGAAUAUGCAGUCUAUCACUUGCCGAUCUACCUCUGUCAUGUAUUGUACAAUACCUGUGCCCUUAAUUAUAUCUGCCUGAAUGUGCAGACGUUAGAGCAGCCUGACUUAGACCAUGCAGCCCCUGAGGUUGGCAGCAGUAUUGUAUUGAUCCGUGGCUGACUGUUCACUCUCCGUAAACAUCCUGACUUGUUCAGUGUCUGUCACUUUCGGGUUGUGCUCAGUCUGCUGUUCAUCUGCAUGCAGAAGUCCGGCUGCUUUAGAAAGAGAUACGAGUAGGAGGACUUUAAUUCAGACAGGUGAAGUGAAACCUUUUUGGCAGUUAAGUUAUAUUUAAAGCUGAGAUGCAAACAGUAUAACUUGUUUUACAUGGUUUUGGAAGAGAUGUGAUGGAAAAUACUGUUUUAUAAUUAGUUUUAGUUCACUUUUAAUCUAAUAUUGCGCUGUCUUGUUUGGCUGAAGGGAAAUUGUAUGGUUUGAAAUGCAGGUGAUUCUUUUGGCUGUAGUGCAUUUGCUUCCAACAGCUGGUUUCGAACAGCUGGUUUCGAACAGCUGAAUGAGUUUUUCAGCUAACCCCUCCAUGUGAAACUCUUAGCAACAGAAAAUCCUGCCAGUAUCACAAGUGUUUCUCACAGUCACUACCACCUUUUUUAGUCUGCAUUCAAGAAUUUUGGUAAUACCAUUCUUUUUUUUUUUUUAAACCUGUUUCUCUCUGGAUAUAUUUUUAGCAUUUGAUAGCAGGUGGUGAAACAAUUCAAUAUAACACUUCUCAGUGGAAGAUGAGCUCUAACGAAGCAGCACUGCUGUUUUCUUCAGUAGACCUCAGAAUCCAGGAACACACCUUAACUUUGGUGGAACGUGUGCCCCAUAAUUUAAAAUAACAUAUUCAGGUAAAACAGUUGGUUUACUUUAAAGAAACCCCAUCUACACUUUAUAAGUAGGCAGUGGGAGGCUUUAACUGCAAAGUACUGUUUAACUGUGAGACUUUAGUAUGAAGAGGGAUAAAUGAUGAAGUCUUUAUACCCAUGAGAAGCGAAAGCCAGAAGGAGAUUAAGAAAUCUUACAUGAAAAGAGAGUAACAAAAGAUUAAGCACAGAAUCCCAUAGUAUUAGGUCAACCACCUUCCUGAUAACUGCACUUUAGAUACUUAUGUAACAAGUUUGAAUGUUUUGCUAUUUAUACAUUUAAAUUUCCCUGCUGACUCUUCACUCUUCACCAUAGAAGUGAUGUAGCCUCUGUUACAUUCGGUUCAUUGUAGAUUAUUCAGCUGUUCGUUUAUGAGGAUGGAACGUGACAUGGAUUGUUUUGUACAUGAAUGAACACAUUUCUUACCCAUCUGGAACAUCCUCUGCCAGCUUUGUUUGAGAGUCUGUAAUGUAACUACAGAGAAUACACUGUAUAACUAUUAAGACUGGUUUGGGGUUUCUUUGUUCAGUUUCUCACUUGCGACUGCCUAUGGCUGCCAAGUGCCUGAUCUCUUUGUCGCAAGUCUUUUCUGAGAGCUGAGGCUGUGUUUUCUCCUGGGGUCCAUAAGACAGGGUCCUUGGUAGGUGGGAAGACAGUUUGGUUUUUGUUAAAAAUACUCCUACUGCAGGAGGCACAGCACUCUUUUUUGUUGUUUUCCAGAAAUGUAGUAAUCCAGUGCGUGGCUGCCUCUGCUUGGCUCAAAUUUGAGCCUGACUACCCCAUGUCCCUGAUGCUGUUGCAUCUUUUCAGAUUUUGAAAGCUCGUUGAGGGAUUUAUCUCCACAGCUGUUUAUUUUAGUGUGUGUAGUUCAGUGACAGGCAGUGUGAGGGCACAGCAGGCAAGCAAGCACUUUAUGCAGAGCCCCAUUACUGGAGCUCCCAGCCAGAUGCUCCAAACAGGACUGGGGAUAUGGGGAUUCAUAUGUACAAUUUUGGGGCAGGGUUGAUGCCUGAACCUCUUUACUUCAGAACUUUCCCUUUUGACUUGUUGAAAGUGUUUAGAUUUGAUUAAGCAUGUAAUUGCACAUUUAAGAAGAACCAAGUUCAGAAUCCAGCUAAUGCAAGACCCUAAACCAGUGCCUGCAAAUCUUUUUUGCACAUAUUUCACACAAGUUGAAUCUGCCUAAUGUUUAGAGCAGAUUGUUGAGAUUUUAAAAAUGCAAAGAUAAAGGGUCUUUUGAUUAUUUGUCCACAGGAAUAGCUGUAAGCACAAUCUCAGAUUCAUCCUUCUUUCCCCAAAGCUCUGGAACAUAUAUAUGUUUCUCCAAAGCCAAUGUUGAAUAGAGUGGGCUUUCACACAUGCUCAUAGCAAAUCAUGUACCAAAAUGUUUUCUAAAUUAAAGCCUCGGCCAGUUGCUGCGGAAGAAUUUUGGUUGUGUAUACUGUUGCUCCCUGGAUUUUGGAAGAGAGACUUUCAAGCAGCAUAAGCAGUAGUUACUCUUAGACUGAACAGGAACUGAUUUUUCCUUUUGCUCUUCCAAACUGAUGUUGACUAUUGAACUCAUCUUAAUGCACUGAUGAUGUUUACUGUCUUAGCAAAUAACAUCUGUCCACCUGUAAUGGACAUGAAAUACCCCGCGUGUUACAUGACCAAACUUUCUAACAUUGACACUAUUAGUUCUAAUGUGUGGGGUUUUUUUUCCUGAAAUUCAGUAUAUUGUUGCAGAUAGAUAACAACACUGUGACAGGUGAAUAGCAGUUGACUUGUAAAACACGGCUGCAUUGAGCAAUGUUUAUUGACAGUUUUGAUAUACUAAACUGAUUCUUCAUACCAAACCAGCUGGUAACUAACAUUAGGCUUGUAUGUAUGAGCAUAUCUUGUUUUGCAAAGCACAGUAGUUUUGAAAUAUUUAAUGUAUUUCAUUUGUUAUUCAUGCUGCAGUCAAGCACUAAUUUCUGUCUUUAUAGUUCAAAUUAUUAAAGAAUUCUGUUUUAAAUACAA